AUGCGAGUGUGGACGGGGUUCGGGGUGCGCGGUGCGGCGCGCGUGUGCCAGCCGAUUGUACGGCAUGUGUCUCCGGUGCGAUCUAUGGGUGCAAGCAUGCUGCGCACUGCGCCGAACGCAAUUUCCUCUAUGGCCGUGCCGAUUGCGGUCCAUGCGCGUCAUUUCCAAGACAUGGCCAACAAGACAGCACCUAGCACGCCCGCCCAGCCGAACGGCGAAAAGGGCUCUGAGAGUAAGGAUGAAAUGGAUAACUGGACCAUCAUUAAAAAGCUGCUUGCCUAUGUGUGGCCGAAAUCCAACAAAGGCACCAGGGUGCGUGUCUUGUUUGCCGUAUCAUUGCUCAUUGCGGGAAAGCUCCUCAAUAUCCAGGUUCCUUUCUUUUUCAAGUCCGUUGUUGAUGACAUAACCCAAGCAUUUUCUGAGCCGCUCGACGCGAGCAAUCCACGCACGAUUUGGGUUGUUGCCGGCGCAUCGAUUCUGGGCUUUGGCCUUGCGCGCAUCGGCGCGUCAGCCUUUUCCGAACUUCGCAAUGCUAUAUUUGCAAACGUCGCACAGCGCUCGAUCCGCACGAUUGCGGGCAAUGUAUUCACACAUCUGAUGCACAUGGACCUUGCUUGGCAUCUUUCGCGGCAAACGGGCGGAGUGACGCGUGCGAUUGACCGCGGAACCAAAGGCAUUAGCUUCCUCCUUUCUUCUAUUGUCUUUCACAUUGUUCCCACUGCGCUGGAGAUUUCACUGGUGUGCGGCGUACUUUCAUACAAGUACGGACCAUCGUUUGCGGCCGUCGCCGGCACUACGAUGCUUGCUUACGCCUACUUUACCAUCCGCACAACCAGCUGGCGCACUCAAUUCCGGCGCCAGGCGAAUGCCGCUGAUCAGCGCGCAGCGACGGUGAGUCUUGACUCGCUUUUAAACUACGAGGCGGUCAAGUACUUUAACAACGAGUCGCACGAGAUUGCUAAGUACGACGCCGCGAUGAAGGACUACGAAAAAGCGAGUGUCCGGAUCGCGACGAGUCUUGCCGCGCUGAAUACCGGACAAAACGUUAUAUUCUCCACGAGCCUGACCUUGAUGAUGUACAUGGCCGCACAAGGCAUCGCGCAAGGGACUAUGACGGUGGGCGAUCUUGUCAUGGUCAACCAGCUCGUGUUCCAGCUCUCGCUCCCGCUCAACUUUUUGGGAUCAGUGUACCGCGAUCUGCGGCAGAGUCUGACGGACAUGGAAUCGCUCUUCAAGCUCCAGGCGCAGCCCACGGCGAUUGACGCCAAGGCGAACGCUCCGCCGCUGGCUGUGCCGCGCGGCGAGAUCCGCUUCGAAAACGUGACAUUUGGCUACUACCGAGACCGCCCCAUUUUGCAAAACUGCUCGUUUACUAUUCCCGCAGGACACAAGACUGCAAUUGUAGGGCCAAGUGGCAGCGGAAAGUCGACCAUCUUCCGCCUCCUCUUCCGCUUCUUUGAGCCUCAGAGCGGCGAGAUAUACAUCGACGGGCAAAGGAUCAGUGAGGUGUCGCUUGAGAGUUUGCGGACUGCCAUCGGUGUCGUGCCGCAGGAGACGCCCCUUUUUAAUGAUACGAUUUGGGAGAAUCUGCGGUACGGCAGGCUGAGUGCUUCGAACGAAGAAGUUAUGCAAGCAGCGCGGCUCGCACGAAUCGACAAGUUUAUUGGGAGUUUGCCGCAAGGGUACGAGACAAAGGUUGGCGAGCGUGGACUUAUGAUAUCUGGAGGAGAGAAGCAGCGCUUGGCAAUAGCGCGUCUCUUGCUCAAGAACCCAGAUAUCUUGUUCUUUGACGAGGCUACCUCUUCGCUGGAUUCAGAAACCGAAACGGAGCUGAUGCGCAAUGUGAACGCCUUGCUGAAUGAUUUGCAGCACACGUCUGUUUUUAUUGCGCAUCGCUUGCGUACGGUCGAAGAUGCGGAUACGAUCCUUGUCUUUGCCGGCGGCAGCGUCGCCGAGCAAGGAAGCCACGAUCAGCUUAUGGCUAUCCAUGGCGCCUACUAUAAUUUGUGGAACGCACAGGUCACGAGCGUCCGUGCCGAAACGCAAGCGGCGCAAACGUACGACAAUGUGGAUGCAGGGGCGCGCGAAAAAACCCAGCAUGCACCCGAGCGUCGCGCCGGCAGCGCACCGACCAUAGCACAUAAAUCCGAUGCAUAG